AUGUGCAUUUUUACACCCAAUAUCUCCACGAUCCCGCUUAUGGCUGUCAAAUCUGACGGGGGUUUUGGUUAUGACUCGACAGAUCUGGCGGCCGUCUACCAUCGACUUUUUGUCAUGAGGGCCGACUGGGUCAUUUAUGUGACAGAUCUUGGGCAGGAACAGCACUUUCACAUGAUUUUCGAUGCAGCCAAACAGGCAGGAUGGCACACUCCGCCACUGACGCGUUGCGAUCACAUGGGCUUCGGUGUGAUCCAGGGUGAGGACAAGAAGAAGUUCAAGACAAGGUCUGGAGAAACUGUGAAACUCAGUGAUCUAUUGGAUGAGGCUGUGCAACGUGCCCUCCAGGAAAUUCAGCAAAGGGUUCAGGAUCAGAAGAAGGAUGGCGGUGAAGCUUUCCUUACGAACCCACAGGAACAGCAAGAAGCCGCCGAAAAAAUCGGAAUGGCUGCCGUCCGCUAUUUUGACAUGAAGCAGAACCGGACCACCAACUAUGUCUUCAACUGGGAUCGCAUGCUCGAUGCCAAGGGCAAUUCAGCAGUUUUCCUCUUCUAUGCCUAUGCGAGGAUUCUGUCCAUCCAGCGCAAGUCUGGCAUUGAGAUGUCCAGCAUCCCUGAAACAUGUCUCGAGGUGAAGCAUGCGUCGGAGAGGGAUCUUGCGCUGAAGCUUCUUCAGUUUCCCGAAGUUAUUGAGGCCAUUCUGGCAGACCUACAUCUGCAUCACCUGACAGAUUAUUUGUGGGAGUUGUGCAACACUCUUACGGCCUUCUACAUGAAGUGCAAGGUC